GGUGGUGAUGUCAUCACCAGUGGACGGUGUUAUUCUUGAAAUGUGCGCAGCCCCUACCUCGAUUUCUUCGCUUUAAUCCUUACAAUCACGCUGAGACUACAAAUGGCUGACUACUGGAAGUCACAACCGAGGAAAUUUUGCCAAUAUUGCAAGUGUUGGAUCGCGGACAAUAAGCCAAGCAUAGAAUUUCACGAGAGAGGGAAGAAUCACAAAGAAAAUGUGGCAUCCAAAAUCACCGAGAUCAAAAAGAAGAGUGUCCAGAAAGCCAAGCAAGAUGAGCGUAUGUCGAAACAGUUUGCGGCAAUGGAGGAGGCUGCCCUGAAGGCGUAUGAGGAAGACUUGAAGAGGAUGGAAAUGGAAUCAGCAUCCAGCCCCUGUGUCCAACCCGCAAUAAAACCUAAAGCACCACCUGUGGUAGUGUGUGAGCCGCCGCCGCAUGCCAGAAUACCGCAAAAGAAAAAAGAGAAGCCAAGAAAACCAAACGCAACACGGGCUUGGGUUGAAGGACGGACGGACGACGGACACACAUACUAUUACAACACAAUCACUGGAGAGUCUCAGUGGCACCAGCCUGAAGGUUUCCAGAGUGGCUCAGAAUUUGUGCAACCCGGGCAGAAUGAGAAGGCUUCUGGCAGUGCCUGGACGGAAGGUGUCAGCCCUGAAGGAUAUUCAUACUGGUACAACACAGAAACAGGAGAGUCCAGAUGGGAAAAGCCAGUGGACUUACCUUCCGGGAAGGCCCCUGAAUCCAACACCAGCAGGGAGGAAAAGCUUCAGGAGGAGCCAACAGGAGGAGACGAGGCUUCUGAUGGGGCUCAGUCGUCCAGGAAAAGGAAAGCAGAGGGUGAAUCUUCAGAAAAGAAGGAAGAAGAUAAAACGAGCAGUGAAAUCCCUCAAGAUGAUGUUAAAGAGGAGAAAGAGCGGAUCCAAAGCACAAGCACUGAACCUGAGGUGAAAACACAGGAAGAGAUGGUAAAAGCCAAGAGGCCAAAGGCAGUCAACCCGUACGGGGCUUGGGAACGGAUUCAGGAACGGAAGGACCCGUACGCCAUCGUGGACCUACAGUUGCCCCUGGGAAAGGGAGAGGCAGAGCCUGCACCCAUAGCGUUGCCACCGGAGCCCAAACCCAAGUUCACGGAGCGCAUCAUCACUUCGCUCGGAGUGGAAAGUGGACCUGCCUCUUUCAAAAAAAGCAAGACACAGAACGGCAAAUCCAGAAGCUUCCGACAGAGAGAUGACAGCGAUUAACUGAUUUUUCUUUCCUUUGUUUUUUUUGUUUGUUUGUUUAAGCGCAAGCUGUGACAACAUGGCUUAUAGGACACGUGUUCACUCCUUCACUCAGCAAGACGACACUGGUGUCAUGCUGCAUGUGACACCUUCUCCCAACAUGCAGAGAUCUUUUCCAGGCUCUUGUGUUCCAUGUAUAGGUUUAUUAUUGAGGUACCGUGUAGUGAUGAGAAAAUUAGUCUUAUAAUUGGAUAAUUGGUCUUUUCUCGAUUAGUUGAUUUAAUCCUGAUAUUGGAAGGGAAAGCACAUGACAUGGUUUUAUCUGACAUGAACUGGAGCUGCAUCCUGUAAAAUGUUGCAGAUUUGCAGCGGAAGUCAUCAUUGAUUUGUGUAAGUCGCUGUUGAUGUGCUACACUGCCGAUGGGGGUGUCCUACAACAGAAUGUCAAAACAUUCCAACUGUCCCUUUAAGUGAAUUGUGUAUUGAUGUCUAAAAGUCCUGUGGUGUCCAAUCAUCAUGAUUGUUAUCACUGACAUGAAUGUUUUGUGACGCUAAUUAUCAUCAUCAACAUUGGAGUUACCUUUUUACAUGUUUUUUUUUUUAACGGCGUGGCGGUGAUGGAAACACUGCAAGAAAUCGGCACGUUUUGGGUGCACCUCAACUCAACUCAACAGAGAAUGUGUCGUAUGCUUUUUUGUUGAUGGAAUUUCCAGAAUGAUUUCCAAAUCAUCGUGUCACCAAGAAAAGCGUCAGGGAAACGUGUGCGUUUCAUGUUUUAUGUAAGAAUAAAUGACCGGCAUCACAGAGGCUGCUGAAGCUGAACAUGUUACACGUUUAAAAAUAAAACACGUUUGCACAAAAUCUACUGCUGCAAUUUAGCAAUUGUUUGUAUCACUUACAACUAUUAUACCAUGAUAUUAUUGGAUUUAUAAAAGUGAUGAAGAUAAAACAUGAUAUAAAUAAUAAUCAUAAUAAAUCAUUUGCAUUGUGACUUGUGCAGCUUGUGAAUCAAUCUGCAGACCUGGACAGGCCGUUGCCACCACUCUCCACCAGGUCCAGCACAGCCCCCGUUUCUGCGUGUUCAAGUACGUCCGUGAUGAGCUCAUCCAGCGCGUCCCCCCCUCGCAUGAACUCCUGACAUGGAUUGAAACACGCUACAUGUGACACGUGUCACACUUUGGAGCACACUGAGGAGCUGACCUUAAUAUCUCUGCCAACAAAGCCUGUCCGAUGGUCUGUGAUGCGAUCCUGGCUGAAGUUGUAUGUGCGGAUCCUCUCCGACUGGGAGCGCGUGCCCACCUAGUGCCAGAGACGUGGAGUGAAGAGAUGCCGUCUUCCUGACAAACAAGACAUUUUCUGCAGGAGCUGGGAGCGGGUCUGCUGACAUUCCGCUGUCAUACCUGAGAGGCAAACACCGGCGUUAAAACAUCAGUGAGGAAGAAUGAGAGCUUGGACGUCUUACCCGAGGGAAGGUGAACAACGCGCACAGCGCUGUCCGUCGUGUUGACGCUUUGGCCCCCCGCACCUCGAGAUCGGAAGGUGUCAACACGCAGCUCCCUGGGAUCGACGCUGACCUCCACCUGGAGAGCAUGCAAGCUUUUAACCAAACGUGGUAAUCAAGUGCAGCCCGGGGGCCAUUUGUUUCUCUUUGCCCCCAGCACAUUCUAAAAAUAGAAUUCAAGACGGCCCACGGUCGACUGAAAGCAGGUUAAGGGCCACGAGGAAAACAUUUUUGAAAACCUACAAACAACAGUUAGCCUAGCGUGCUUAUGUGUGCAAUUAGUUACCAAAUAAUUGCCAAAUUUUUUUUUUGUAUUUUUAUUUUAUAUUUUGCUGACUUACUCAAUAUUUUAACCUUAUUUGGACACUGAUAGUUACCAAAAUGUGUUUUCUUUAUUGUUUCUCAACCAAAAUGGCAGUUUAAAUGCUAGAACAGAAUAACUUAUCUGAAUGUUUAAAAAAUAAAAACAGAAAAAAGUCAUUUCCUUUUUCUUUUUUUUUUUUUUAAAUCUGCAAAGGAGGCCACACAAAACAGUACGUUAUUUGGG